UCUGAUUGGUUGCAUCCGGGUGGGGUCAGGACAUUCUUGCUUUCUAAUUGGUGGCCACGUUUGUUAUGAAAACGUAGUCUAUUUUCUGACUGGCUGAAUGCUGCAACGGGACGAACGCAAUUGGUGGAGGGAGGAGACGCGGAACAGGGCGGACAGAGGCGUGGAGUUGAGGAUGCGGAAUUAACGCAUCCGCUUGCGCCCGAACCGGACUGAAUAUGGCGAGCACCGAGAGCAAAAGUGGGUCUUCGGAAAACUUUCACACACCCGAGCCAAGUGGAUCGGAUCAGCCGGGCGCGAGAUGGGGUCCACAGCAUGCAGGUGCUCGAGAGCUCGCGGAGUUAUACUCGCCAGGAAAAAGAUGUCAGGAAUGGAUCAGUGUGCUUCUUUGCUUUACCCUCAUGGCCUUCAACUUCUGUUACCUGGUAACAUACUUCCACCUGGGACACACCUGGUACAUCCUCCUGGGCAUCGUGGCAGGGAUCCUCACAGCAGACUUUGCCUCUGGUCUGGUCCAUUGGGGUGCUGACACAUGGGGUUCAGUGGACCUGCCCAUCGUUGGGAAGGCCUUCAUUCGUCCAUUUCGAGAGCACCACAUUGAUCCAACAGCUAUAACGCGCCAUGAUUUCAUUGAGACAAAUGGUGAUAACUGUAUGUUGACUAUCAUCCCUCUCGCUAACAUGGCCGCAAACUUCUUGAUGCUCUCACCAGGGGAGAUCUAUCGAAACUACCCAUGGUACUGUUACGUCUUUGCUUUAGCCAUUUUUGUUACACUGACCAAUCAGAUUCACAAAUGGUCGCACACAUAUUUUGGGCUCCCACGCUGGGUGAUGCUUCUUCAGGACUGUUACAUCAUUUUACCAAGGAAACACCACAGAGUUCACCACGUUUCACCUCAUGAAACCUACUUCUGCAUUACCACAGGCUGGUUGAACUAUCCUCUAGAGAAACUGGGAUUCUGGAGAAACCUGGAAGAUCUGAUCCAGAGCCUGACAGGAGAGAAACCCAGAUCAGAUGACCUCAGAUGGGCCCAGAAAACCAAGUAAUCUUCCUCUGCCAUCGACCCACUUCCCCUACCUCAGACCUGCUUUUAGGAGAGCAGUCUUUUUUUUUCUCCAUCUACUUGUCCUCCCUCAGACAGAACAAGAGGAAUGGCAAGAUAUCAAAGCCCAAAUUAGAAAGCCAUCAAUUCUUAGCAAAAGUUGAGAGAAAUGGGGUUGACAAAGCAAUUGAAAGCAAUAUCCCACACCGCUCACUCUAAAGACCCAAACAUUCAAAUCCUUGUUGAAAACUUGAGACUUUUGUGAAAUGUUUAAAACUCUUUAAAGUGCAAAAAAACAAAGCGAAUUUAAAUUGUCAAUACUUGAACAAGUGGGCUCGUUUUUGGACACCUUCUCAUCUUUCAGCUGCUCAAAGCUUUGCUGAAUAGCUUGUUUCUGAGGGACUGGCCUCUGCACUUUUGGGUCUGAUAUCUCUUGCUCUCACCCUUCAUUUGUUUGGGGUUAAAGUGCAGUAAACUCAAGGCAUUUUGGCUCAUUCACCACAGAGGGCUGAAAACCUGUGUCUUCAUCUGUUGCUUGAGUCUGAACGGACGGAGCAGCAUCAUAUGCAGUCUUACUUCAGUACGCCUUAAAAGAUGAAUCGCAAGAAACUUGAUUUGCUUGGCCUCAUCCUGACAUUCAUCUUUUCACUAUUAACACUUUCUUUUGAAGCACAUUUGCAAAUUUAGAGGUGCUGAAAGCAGUCAGCUCUUGGCCAAGAGGUGUAUAUUAGAAGUAUUUCCACGUAGGUCAAUAUUUAGGUUUAUAAUGUCUCUGUGUGAAUAAGCAAUGGUGUCCUCACAAAUAUCAAAACCCAUGAGACACUCAAAAUAGGCCUCAUAUGUAUCUAUUUUUAUUUUGUAAUUAACUUCAUCAUAGGGUAGGUUGGUGUGAGCUUGACCAGCUGACUGACACAAACUUAAACUUACACUCCAUUGCUUGGGUUUUAGGUCUGUAUACAUUGUUACUUAACAGUUUAAUGUUCAACUUAACACUAGCAUGUUAAAUGACACAACUUGUAGUUCUUAUUUAAUAAUAAUUUGAAAUGUUAAAGGUUACAGCAUGAUGAAAAUGACAGAAUCAACAUCUAGCUGUCUAGUGACUUACAACUACUACUAACUGCUUAUUUAAUGAGCGUUAUAUACAUUUUCUAUUAUAAAGCUGCAAUGACAAUGGACUAGAAAAAGAUUUAUUUACUUGACUUUAUAUUAAAAUACAGUAGUCAUAUUUUUAAUUAUUAGAAAUAUUAAAGUUAAUCUUUCACUAAUAGAAAAAAACUAUGCUUUGCUUUGAAAAAUGAGUGUUGCUAUUUAAGCCAUGUAGUUUAGACAGUGUUUAUCAUGUCGUCUUAUAAGAGUGAGGAAAUUGAAGAAGUCAUAACAGUUAACAUUUUAUAUCACAUACAACAUAAUUGUGAUCAAUUUUUGUUGUGCCAAUUAGUUUAAUCAUUUUUUAACACAUUAACUGUUACACCCUGUUUGCACAAAUGAUUAUCAGUGAAAUAUUUCUGAUCUUCAGCCCUUCAAAACUUAAAAGGUCAGCCUAAAUGAGUUAUAGCUUAGAAGUUUUAUGCUUGUGUGCAUUUUCAUGCCAAAACCUUGUUACUGUUAGCAGGAAUGUGGCAGUUGUUGUGUUUCAAUAGGUCAGUGUGGUGAUCGUACAUGUUUAAGAUAGGUCAAUGCUAUAGAAGGUCAGAGAACAUGUUUUAAAGAACAAAUUCAUUUGUCCAAUAUGUAAAACUGUUACAAUGGAGUCAGCCAGAACUGUAAAAAAAACAUAUGAGGUGUUUUGAGCUGAUUCAUAAUGUGUCAUGUGUUGUGUUACAUCUUACUUUCCUCCUUUUUAUGAAUUCAGGAAGAUUUGUUAGUGGAAAUAUUGUAGUAUUUUUGAGAGUCAACUAAUAUCUUAUAUAUUUCUAUGCUGAUACAAGAUGCCAAACUUAUUUUUGCUCAGCUAAUAGAUCUGUUGUGGUGUGUUCAGUCGUUGUUUAUUUGAAGAGGACACUCCAGUGGCGAUUUACGCUGUACAGGGAACUGAAGCUUAAACCAAUUAUUUUGAUUUUGUAAAAUGUUACAUUUGUCAUUGGAGUUCACUUAAUUUUGUAUUUUUGGUUUCCAUUGAGUUUUUAUUAUGACAUAUAUCAACUUUUUUGUAAUAUACUGAUCAUGAAGGAUUUCACCAGCUGUAACAUUUCUGAGCUUAUUUCCUAUUGAUUUUAAAUGGUGGGAGAGGUGAGGUGGAGCAGCCUGUGAUUGUGGUGUGUUGAUACAGUGAAGACUUGUGUGCUUUUUUUUCUGCUCAAGCUUGGUGUUCUGCAGGUCUAAUUAUGGUUAUAUAAACCCACAGAAUUUUAGGAAUUUGCUCAAGAAAUGUUACUAGAUUGGUGUGCAAUGUGUAAAGGAGAUUGCUAUUGUGGUAAUAUGGCGAUUGUAUUAUUGAACAUGCAAGAUUAGAGUGUUAAAGACCAUUUCUCUUUUGAGGCUCCUUGCUUUCCAUGCACAGUGCAAGAGUAUGUGGCUGUGAGUAGAUUGAACUAAUCACAUUGUACUUGCUCAAAAAUAUCAUGUUGUCCUUCAGAAAACAAAGCAAAGCCGAUCCCUUAUUCACUGCGGUCAUUUCAUUGAUUGACCUUUGGCAUUCACACUUGUUACUGAAUGUUUGUUCUUACUGAUUUAUUGGGGGAAGCCUUUUAAAACGCUAUCUUGAGUGAUUUUGCAAUUCACCUCAAAGUCUCACAUUUAGUAAGCUUGUGUAGGACGGCUACUUGUUAAUAACUAAAAAAAUAACGCCUUAAUGCCUUUUUUGUUGUUUUUUGUUGGUUUUUUUUUUUUGAAAACUUUUAUGUCAUUUAAGUUUAUAUUUAUAAUGAAAUUAAUAAAGAACUGGAAAGACC